CUCCGCACCUCCUGCCUGGUUGAUGGCAGCAGCGGAUCGGAGCUGGAUUUAAAGCUUUAAACUUUUUCCUUCCUCCUCUUAUUUUCGGUUUGUUUCUGGAGGUGGAGACCUUUUACGCGUGUGGCGCGCGGAGGAACACACACACGGAUCCGCGCAGAGAAAGCUUUCACACGGAGGGUACGGAGGAUUGUUCGGGGGCUCUGUGCACACGGACGCCGGGACUCUGAGGCAGGAACACCGGGACUAAGUGAGGACAUGUCGGCUGUGAGGACCGUGCAGCUGUUGGUGGUUGGACUGGUUUUGGUUUUGCAGUUUGUGAGGAAAACUGAGAGCACCGAGAACAACAAAGGGGUCUCCAACUCAUACGUUCAGUGGCCUUCUGGAGACGAGGAGGCAGCGGUGGACGUGAAGCUGUUCAGCCACAGGUGGAGGAGAUGGCUCCCCCCAAAACCUCGCAACAUGGACAGCAACAGGGCCAGCCAGGAGCAGAACCAGAACCCGGACCAGAACCAGGACCCGGAGCUGGAGGAACCUGAAGGAUUCCCGGGUGUUAUGUCUGCAGAGGAAACGGACAACAGCUCCCAGAUAGAGCAGGAAGACACAGAUCACAACUACUACACGUCAAAAUCAUACACCCCGACAGACCCCAUGAGCAAGGACUUGUGGGUGGACGUGGACCAGAUGCAGAAGGACAAAGUGAAGAUCCACGGGAUUCUGUCCAACACACACCGACAAGCAGCGAGAGUCAACCUGUCGUUUGAUUUCCCCUUUUAUGGACACUUCCUGCGUGAAAUCACCGUGGCGACUGGUGGGUUCAUCUACACGGGGGACGUGGUGCACCGGAUGCUGACUGCGACGCAGUACAUCGCUCCUCUGAUGGCCAACUUCGACCCGAGUGUCUCCAGAAACUCCACCGUCAUCUACUUCGACAACGGGACGGCGCUGGUGGUGCAGUGGGAUCACGUCCACCUGCAGGACAACUAUAACCUGGGCAGCUUCACGUUCCAGGCGACGCUGCACAACAGCGGCCGCAUCGUGUUUGCAUACAAAGAGAUCCCUGUCGACUUGUCCCAGAUCAGCUCUGUCAAUCACCCGGUGAAGGUGGGCCUGUCCGACGCCUUCGUGGUGGUCCACAAGAUCCAGCAGAUUCCCAACGUCAGGCGGAGGACGAUCUACGAGUACCAUCGCGUGGAGCUGACGAAGACCAAGAUCACCAACUCCACAGCCGUGGAGAUAAUGCCUCUACCCACCUGUCUGCAGUUCACCAGCUGUGGAGAAUGCAUUUCCUCUCAGAUCAACUUCAACUGCAGCUGGUGCCACCGGCUCAACAGAUGCUCGAGUGGCUUCGACCGCCAUCGCCAGGACUGGGUGGAUAACAGCUGUCCAGAUGAGACCAAGGACAAGCUGUGCGACAUCAUGGACACCACCCACCUCUACCCCUUCACCACCACCGUCGUCUCCAGAACAACCUCCAGGAUCGGAGAGGCGACUGUGGCGGGGGGGACGGCCUCCACCUCCCAUCCCCCCACCAGCGUUCCCACUGAAGACGAUACCAAGAUCGCCCUGCACCUCCGAGACAACCAGGUGCUUCCUGCAGAGAGCUCAGUAGACAGGAAGUCGCCACCUCUCCACACCGGUCUGAUCCUCGGCAUCCUGCUGGUGAUGCUCCUCAUGGUGGCGGGCGUCCUGCUCAGCGUCUACGUCUACCACCACCCCACCUCCGCCGCCAGCCUCUUCCUCAUCGAGAGGCGUCCCAGAAGGUGGCCGGCCAUGAAGUUCCGCCGGGGCUCGGGGCACCCAGCAUACGCGGAGGUGGAGCCGGUGGGCCCAGAGAAGGAGAUCUUCAUGGAGUCGGAUCAGUGCUGAGGGAUGCCCCCCCUCUCAGGAUCUGUGCACAUAAAGACUCGUUCGGACUGGAACCAGCAGUAAGAGACACCUGGACCCCAGACCAGCCUGAUGAACGGGGGGAGGGGGGAGGGGGGGCAUGUAUUGUAUAGACUGGACACUGUGUGGUGGAGGGGCGCAGGGUGAAUAUACAAAAUAUAUUUUCAGAGAUUUCCACUCGGUGGGUUGACUGGGUCGGCCUUCGUAUUUCCACUCACAGGGGGGGCACAUCUACCUGUACAGACCCGAUACUCUGAGGAGGGGGGGGGUCAGUGUGUCUGGUUUCAUUUGAGUGUUUUUUUUAUUGGGUGAUGGGCACGCUAUUCUACGGAAGAGGAUUAGGGACACAGGUCGGACCAAAAGAGGUUUCAGUUUCCUGAGAUUUGAAUCUGAAUACUGAGGAAAUAAUGUGUAAAAAGGAGGCGUUCAGAGAAGUCCCAAUGAGACACAAUUCUGAGGAACAAAGUAGGAACUAUAGGAAAAGAAUGGCGUGUGGGCCGGAUCCUCUCCCGUACUUUCCCUUACAUCCCGGGUUCCAUUUCUGUAUAUUUUUGGCCGGUUUUUAUUUCCUUCCUUCCGUGCCAUUGGUCCCCGGCUACAGUUUGCACUUUUUUUCCUGACUCGUGGUACUGAUGCAAAACGACAACACAGGCGCUUGUGAGUGUGCGUAUGCUGAGUGUGUUUUCUAAAGUGUGUGUGUGUGUGUGUGUGUGUGUGUGUGUGUGUGUUCUAAAGGAGACAGUGGAUAUCGGCCUGCUUUAUGGGGAGGAUGUGUGAGGUUUUAUUCCCAGUGUCGCCAUCAUCCCAGUAAUGUAAAUACCGAGGCCAGGUGCAGGUGCAGGUGCAGGUGCAGGUGCAGGUGCAGGUGCAGGUGCAGGUGCAGGUGCAGGUAACUCACAGCAGUACAACCUUUCUUGUUUUUUAUCAGUGGCCUUUCUUUCUCUACUUUUUUACUUCAAUGUGAAUACUAUUCCACACACGCGUCUACUGUCGCUCUCUGGAGACACACACCGAUGAUUGUAGACUCAUUUUAGAUCCUGGACUUCUACUGAAAAAUAAAGCGUGCAAUAUUAGCCGACACCCGUUUGGUUUUGACACUGUAAAUACAAUUUAUUUUAUAAACGCCUCAUCGUCGUCACAUUCAGACCAAAGACUAAUCACAUCUUGAUUUCAGAUAUUUAGCUCAACGCUCUGGAGAGAAAAACGAUGAAUUCAUUAACACCGGAUAAGUACAGCUCUUUGCCUUCACUUUAGCAUCCAUAAAACACCAUCAAUUUGCACCGCUGUUCGAUACAAAAACCCAUAACUUAACUCGGGUUCAGACAAUAGUGGUGCAGGAAUGAGUCCUAUAACCAAGCAAUGAGUCAGCGAUUUAGACCCCUCUUGUCCCUUCGGCUGGAAGUCAAUAGUUUUCUUUGGUUGUUUUGGAAUUUAAAAACGCUGGUCUGUCUAAAUUGAGCUGCCUUUAGCUUAGCGGGGGUGACGUGAAGUUCAUUUUUGCCGAUGGAACAAUGCUAACUUCCAGCUAAGCGUACAAAAAUAGGUCAUCGCUGCACCUCUCUACGUUAGUCCCGAAGUUGUCAAGGCGUCAGAUCAACUGAAAUUAAAACCACAAAUUUAAUUGGAUAAUCUGCACGUGUUAAAAGCUCAAUAGGCGGAGCAACAUACACAAAGGGGGCGGGGCUUAACUAACUGACACCUUCCAUUUAAACACAAUGUAACCAAUCAGCAGCACUCACGCACACAAACCAAAUCAAUGGCUCUCUGGCUGUCUUUUUUCUGUACAAAUGGCUGCUUUUCAAACCCUCAGACUCCUCAUAACUCGUCUCCGCAGCGCUGUCUGAGAACGGGGGGGGGGGGGGGCAGGGGUGCAGAGGGGCAGAGGGUAUCAGGACAAAGGGUUAGGGUCUGCAGAGAGUAACAUCUGCUUGUUGAACACCACCUGAAACUGAGAGUAUUUUAUAUCCGCUGUCAGAGGCUGGACCCUUUCACCCCUCCCUACCUCUGAUGACGAUAAACAGGUGUUUUUGAGACAGGUUACUCAUCACGAGACUACAAAUCACUCCGCAUCAUAGCCGUCUGUAACUUCUGUAACUACUGCUGUUUUGAUUACAUUUGAAAUAAUAAACGAUGUUGUUAAAAUCAGAAA